CCGGGGGAGGCGGCGGGGGCAGGAGCCGGCCCCGGGGCGGGCCUCGCCCUGCAGAACCUUGGACAGAAGCGGAGCCGCCGCCGCUGUCACCUGGCGCGUCGGAUGCGGCCGGAGGAGCCGCUGCAGCUGCAGGGUCGCGUCGGGCGGAGCUGAGCGCAGCGCCCCGGGCACCGGCCCCCGGGCCGGAGGCGGCGGGCGCCCCGCGGCGCCAUGGGCACGGUGCUGUCGCUGUCCCCCAGCUACCGCAAGGCGCCGCUGUGCGAGGAUGGCGCGGCCGGCGUGGGGCGAUACACCGCGGUGCAGAACAGCAAGAACGCCAAGGAGCGCAGCCAGCGGCGCAACCCCAUCCUGGCGGCGCUGCCCUGGAAGCGCAUCGCCGCCGUCUCGGCCAAGAAGAAACACUCCAAGAAGGUGCAGCCCAGCGGCGGCUACCAGAGCAACGUCGCCCACCUCAACAGCGAGAACCUGAAGAAGUCGCUGUCCUGCGCCAACCUCUCCACCUUCGCGCAGCCCCCCGCGCAGCCCGCGGCCCCGCCGCCGCCGCUCUCCGCGGCCAAGAGCGCAGCGUCCUCCGGCCGCAAAGCGCCGCCCAACCCCAGCGCGGCCGGCACCCCGAAGCGGGUCAUCGUCCAGGCCUCCACCAGCGAGCUGCUGCGCUGCUUGGGCGAGUUCCUGUGCCGCCGCUGCUACCGCCUCAAGCACCUGUCGCCCACGGACCCCGUCUUGUGGCUGCGCAGCGUGGACAGGUCGCUGCUCCUGCAGGGCUGGCAGGACCAGGGCUUCAUCACCCCGGCCAACGUGGUCUUCCUCUACAUGCUGUGCCGGGAUGUCAUCUCCGCCGAGGUGGCCACCGACCACGACCUGCAGGCCGGCCUGCUGACCUGCCUGUACCUCUCCUACUCCUACAUGGGCAACGAGAUCUCCUACCCGCUCAAACCCUUCCUGGUGGAGAGCUGCAAGGAGGCCUUUUGGGACCGCUGCCUCUCCAUCAUCACCCUCAUGAGCCCCAAGAUGCUGCAGAUCAACGCGGACCCGCACUACUUCACCCAGGUGUUUGCUGACCUGAAGAACGAGUGCAGCCAGGAGGAGAAGAGCCGGCUCCUCAUCGGGCUGGACCGGUGAGCGCCCCCCGCCGCUGGGACCGGGGCACCUUUGUGGUGCUUUGAUUUGUCAGACACAGGUGGCGGUUGGGUGGAUCUUGGAAAUAGCCGCCCAGCCCCCAGCUGGCAGCACUGACCUUUGAACACUUGCAGCCCGGCUUGGCCUCCAGCGGCGCUGCAGCCACAGGGGUGGGUGUGAAGCUGUUGUUGUAGCCAGUAUCUGUUUGGUUUCCGUAACUGCCUGGAGAUCCAUUGCUCCCUCCACUUCCUGGGCCGUAGCACCCAGUGCUCAGUGGGGGCUUGGCUGCCCCUUUGCCCAGACAGUAUCUGCCAGAGGCAUUAUCCACGCAGAAGUCUUCACCCUUGUGAACAGGCGGCUUCAAAACAUGAUGUGAAGGAAAUGGUGGCCUUUCCUUUCUUGAAGGGCCUGGUGGUGUGGGGAUGGGGUAAUCCAAUGGAGUCUUGAGCAUCUGGCAUUUCACAAAGGGAUCCAAUGCUUUAAUGCUGGCGGGGGUUCAGAACUGCACAAAACGAAGAAAAUUAACCUUAAAAACAAUCAGUAUCAAACUCCAAAAGGGACUUAUUGCAUGUAACGUGUAGUUAGCUGGGAAGGCGAGUGGGGGAGAGGUGGAAUUGCACACACCUUUGACUCUGCAUUGGUGGCUCACACAGUUAAUUCUCAAAAUUCCCAGAUUCGGGAAAGCCCAACUUUGAGCAGGCAAAACAGUUCCUCACAGGCAUAGAAUUCUCAUUCAUGAUCAGUGCUGCAGCCUACGUCUAAGGCGCGUAUGGAAUGCUGUGUCACCAGCCAAGGCACCAAGAGGUGAGGUGGCCAGGUUGGGAUUGGUGGGAGACCACACCUGUGGCUAUUUUGUUUUGGUUUGCGAUGGCAAAUAAUUCUGUGCUAGUCAGUAACGUGACUAUCUGCAGCCCACCCUGGUCCUGUCACAAGUGGUGGACAUUAUUCUAUUCAUGUUUUCUGAACUGCAGCAGUAGUGGUCUGUAGUGAUGUGUCCUAGUGUAGGGUUUAAUGGCACUAUGAGUUGCUUUCCCUAGUCUACCAGAUCACUCUGUGUGGAAUUGGGCCUAUUUAUGCCUGCUGUUUACCUCUGAUGCGGGUACAGCGUGCGGGUACAGCAUGUUUAUGGAAACGUAGGGGAGAAAGAGGUUGUUAAAAUAAUUUCAGAAAGAAAAAGCUCAUCACCAAGUGGGCAGAGGGGACUGGGCCUUACAGCCUACACUAGAAAUAGGAAUGCAGCUUUUCUUUCCUUGGAAUCCUACUGAUUGAGUUAACGAUGUCAUUUAGAAGACCAGGGUUCCUGGUUCUAGAUGCUAACACACACUUUAGUGCUACUGAAAAGUGAAUUCACUUUUGGGUUGAAGCUCACAGGUAAUCUUAUCCUCUGGCUUUAUAGCUUCUCACAGUGCCAGAUGUUGAGGAAAACCAAGACUAGUGUUUCAUUGCAUGUAAUAUGGCUGCAGACACAGACUGGUUUGAAAUCUCUAUAGGCGUCUUCAAAUCCAACACUAGGUUUAAGGAUGCUGGCAUUCUGGUAGCGGGGGAGGGGAGGGUGGGCUUUGUAUUUAACAGGGUUAGAACAGAUUGUACUUGCUUCUCAAAUUAGCAGCAAGCACAUUUUGAGAUGUAGAGGAACAAAGCUGUGAAAUUAAAGGUUUGGACGUGAGAGGAGCUGGACUUGCAAGUGAAGGGAGAGCCUGCAUUGCUCUAAAGCUGAGCCAUUAACAAACACCCGACCACAAGCUAACACUUCUUCAGCCAGAGCUGGAAAGAAAGGAAAUCCGCAGCCACUUGAUGGGUGGGAGGGGAAAGGAAGACCUAUUAGCAAAAGCAGGGGAAAAAUAAAUUCUCCUCUUGGUCUUUGUACAUAUUUGUCUCAGCUCCCUCCAUUGCAGAGUUGCUGUUCUAAAUGGAUGGUGUAAAAUGUGGCAGUGUGAUGUCACCUUGUUCCUAAGGUGGACUGAACAGGUCAGAUCCUAUACGUCUCUUGAGGCAUUGGAAUAACGGACUGGAUUCCAGCUUUGUGUCUGGGAGAGGUGUUUUCUUCUCUCUCCCCCCUCCCCCCCUUUAUUUAUUUUGAAAUGAGAUUCACGUUUCGUGAGUGGUUCUGGAUUAAGGGAAAUAAAUGCUACUGUAUCAAUGUGAAAUGUAUUGUUCCCAUUGUGCACUGAUCAUAAGUAUUGUGUUACAGAUCAACUGAUAUACUUGAGUGUGCAAGCAAUGAAAGAAAUUUACAUGCUGCUAUAAAGAAAACUUUUAGAACAAAAAAAUACUAACUUACAAAAAACCCUUCUUUAUUCUUUCAUCAUGGCUUUGACAGUGAUAUUGUGCAUGCAAACAGAAGCAUUGUGUGUCUUCAGCAAACAAAAACAAUCUUACAACUGAUGGCUGUAAAAGUUACACCCAUGCACAAAAACAAACAAACAAACAAAAAAACCCACAACACAAAAUAGUUCAGUAUCUGAGCUGGCAUUUUCUCAUCAGCGCUGGGGAUUGAUAGGUUCUUCUUACCGUGCACAGUUCUUAGUUUAGUUCUGUUCCAACAGUUGUUAAAAUUGCAAAUGAAAACAAGAAAACAACGUGCCAUUUUUUCACUUGAAAUUCUUCAUCGAUGUACAUUUGAAACUGCUAAUGAUACAUGUAUCUGUACGUUGGUUUUUUUAGUGCAAUCUCUUCUGUAGAUCUUUGUUGACCAAACUGGUGGGAUAGUUACUUAUUAAUUUAUAUUUGUCUCAUUUUGUAUGUGUGUACAGUGUGUUUGUAAGUAUGUGUGGUUUAUAAUCUGACCGACUGUCAUGAAGCUCAGUGUGCCUGUAAUUUAGCCCCCUCCCCUUAUUUUUAUUUAUUUUUGUACUGUGCUGAUGAAAUAAAAUGCACUGACCAUCCAUUACAUGGAA